AUGCAGAUCUCCAAGUUCAUCGUUGCUUGUAUGCCCUUGGCCGUCCUGGCCUCGCCUAUUGAGCAGCAUAGCGCUGAGCUCGUCGGCCGUGAGGCUGCUCCUGAAGGCUGGGUGGAGGUCGCCCCAUUCACGGAGAAGCGUGAUGACCCCACGGAACUCUUCCGCCGCAACAUCGAUUGCAAUAUUAUCGGAGGAAGCAGCACUGUCAAUUGCCGCAAGUGCCCCAACACCUCCAAGGACUGCCCCGUGAUCACCACCUUCAAGGUGGGCUCUUCACACAGCUUCAAAUGUGCACAAAAGGGGGAAUGCGUGACAAUUAAUGGUGUGACCAACUGCUCGUGGGAUAAAGCGGACCGAACACUGGCCAAGGACUGCUGGGUCAACGGUUACUAUACUGAUAGCAGGUGCACUCUUGGUAGUCAGUGCCCAGGUGGCCCCAUUUAUAUCCCUUGA